AUGGAUCCAUCAAGUGUUUCCACCAAAAGAGAAGUAGCCCAUGAUGUUUUCCCAUACCUCGUUGAAUACAAAGAUGGAACCAUAGAAAGAUUAGCCGGAACUAACCAUGUUCCUCCAGGGUUUGACCCAACAACAAGGGUUACCUCCAAAGACGUCGUACUUGUACCCAACACGUGUCUCUCUGCUAGGCUCUACCGUCCUACAGAUGUAACCACUUGUGAGAAGUUGCCAAUUGUCUUAUACUUUCACGGGGGAGCCUUUCUUAUAGCCUCCCCCGCGGAGCCUGUCUACCACAAUUUUUGUAACCUACUUUCAGGGUCCGCCAAUGCCUUAGUAGUCUCUCUAGACUACAGGCUGGCCCCCGAGAACCCUCUUCCCACCGCGUUUGAUGAUGCUUGGGCAGCCAUUAAAUGGGUGGCUGCCCAUGCUAAUGAAAGCGGACCAGAAGAUUGGCUCAAUCAAGGAGUGGAUUUUAAUAAGUUCUUUUUAGCAGGUGAUAGUGCGGGGGCCACCAUGGCCCACCAUCUAGCAGCUCGGAUGGUUGAAAUCAUUGAUCAAUUUAAAAUUUACGGUAUUAUCCUUAUUCACCGGUAUUUUUGGAGUUCUAAGCGUAUUGGAUUAGAGCAAGCUGAUCCAGUGAGAAAAGAGUUGGUGGAUAAAUGGUGGGAGUAUGUUUGCCCGUCGGAUAAAGGAUGUGAUGACCCGCUAAUCAACCCAUUUGUCGAAGGAACUCUGAGUUUAGAUCAAAUUACGUGUGAGAAAAUGCUUGUGCUAGUUGCAGAAAAGGAUAUAUUAAGGGAUAGAGGGAGACUAUACUAUGAAGCAAUGUCGAAGCAUAAGAAAGUUGAGUAUUUUGAGACACUAGGGGAAGAUCAUGUGUUUUACAUCUUCAAUCCUCAUGUUGGCAAGGCUUAG